GUACUACCUACUAAGCUUAUCAACUUAUCAACUUAUCUUAGUUAAGUUAUGUAAUCACAAGAUCGCGGAGUGUCAUACAUAGUAGCUCCAUGGAAUUGACCGAUCACAGCUUCCCAAUAUUAAUCCGAACCUCGCACGGAAGUUGCGCUUCCAGUAACCAGAAUCUUGGGUCCGACGUCAAAGUUUAUUUUAACACCAACUCUUCAACUCUUCAACUCUCCAACAUUUUUCGUCUUUGAAUUUUUACCCUUGAUUUUUUUUUUUUCAGAACAUUAUGAAUUGCCAACGGUUUCUCUGGCGGGCGGCGACGAAGACGGUGGGAUGUGGUACUCGUCGCUUCUCACAGUUCCCUCCUCCGAACUCUACCCAAGCUCCUCAUGGAGCUAUUCCCUUACCUUUUAUCACAGAAGUUACUUCCGGUGGUUGGAGGACAUACGAUAUCUUCUCUAAGCUGUUACAAGAACGAAUAAUAUGCCUGAAUGGGGCUAUUGACGACACGGUAUCGGCUUCGGUAGUGGCCCAACUGCUCUGGUUAGAAUCCGACAAUCCGGAUAAGCCAAUUACCAUGUAUAUCCACUCUCCUGGAGGCUCCGUAACGGCUGGGUUAUCUAUCUACGAUACUAUGGCUUACAUCCGUUCGCCGGUAUCGACAGUAUGCCUUGGCCAAGCUGCUUCUAUGGGCUCGUUACUGCUCGCAGGAGGCGAAAAGGGAAAACGAUUUGCCCUACCGCAUAGCAGUAUCAUGAUCCACCAACCUUUAGGCGGCACACAGGGUCCCGCAAGUGACAUUUUGAUUUAUGCAAAUCAGAUACAACGCACGCGCGAGCAAGUCAACGAGAUUUACCGGAAGCAUCUAAAUGCGGCUUUUGAUCAUGAGAAGUACAGCCUUAAAGAUGUAGAGGAUAUGAUGGAGCGCGACAAGUACCUUACGGCGCAAGAAGCGAAAGACAUGGGCAUCGUGGACGAGAUUCUCACGAGAAGAGAUGACAAAAAGGCCGAGAAAAAAGAGGAUAGUAACGGCACAUAAAAGACCCGCUCAACUCGAGUCCCGCCAUGAUUGAUCAAUAGAUUAGGUUAUUAUUAUUUUCUGACUAUUGC